GGGUCCAAUAUCGGUUCGUAUUGAAGUCUGUGUAUCCGCAAAAGAUACCAUCGAUAAAUCUUGCAGGAAGAGCAGUACCUCAAUCAAUCAAUGACAGAGGACGAUUGCGCUAGGGUUUCUAUGCCUGAAUCCAAACCUGCAACCGAUUCAUCUAACACGAAGCAAAGGAAAAAGAGAAAGUGGGAUCAACCAGCUGAGUCCUUGGUUUCAGCUGGAGUAGCAGUCCCUGGAGUCCUUCCCCUGGGCAACAUGGGAUCUUUUAUGGGGAUCACACAUCCUGGUGUUGUUCCAGUUUCUAGUGCUUCUCUGAUAAAUCAUUUUACUGCUAGUUAUGGACAUUUACAGCAGGUUCUGGCACCCUCCAUGCAGCAGCAUGCUAUUUCACUGGCCCAAAAGAUUCAACCAAAGAUUCAAGAGGAGUUGAUAGCAAGAGAAAUUGUCAUUAAUGAUGCAGAGUCGUCUGUUCGCUAUAAGCUUACCAAACGCCAAACGCAAGAGGAGAUUCAGAAAUGCACUGGUGCUAUAGUGAUAACAAGGGGUAAAUAUCGGCCGCCAAAUGCACCAUCUGAUGGUGAAAAACCAUUAUAUCUUCAUGUUUCUGCUGGCACCCAUUUGGAAACAACAGCAGACAGGAUAAAAGCAGUUGAUCAGGCAGCUGCAAUGGUAGAGGAAAUCCUGAAGCAGGGUGCUGUCACUAAUGGAUUGAAGGUGAUUCAACCGUUUAGCACAUGUGUGUAUGUGGGUUUUGAACCAGAUCCCUCCUUGAACAUUAUUGCUCGGAUUCGUGGACCAAAUGAUCAGUAUGUAAAUCACAUUAUGCAUGAAACAGGAUCAACUGUCUUGCUAAGAGGACGGGGUUCAGGAAAUUUGGGAAGUUUAAAUUCUGAAGAACAGCAGCCGUUGCAUCUCUUCUUGUCAAGUAAUAAUCCUAAAAGCCUUGAACAUGCAAAGCUUCUGGCUGAGAAUCUUCUGGAUACAAUAUGUGCAGAGUGUGGUGCCUCUAGGGUUUCAUCUUGUAAGGUUUAUGGCGCUGUCCCACCACCACAGCACUUGUUGGUGGGAGUCCCGAAUUCUGCAGUUGGGUUGGAAAACACUGCCAAAAUAACUGCCAACUCGACAUCAUCGGCUGCAGACUUCAUUCGACCCCCAUCAACUCCUUUGAUUACAUCGCCUGGCCCUACCACUGUUCUUUCACAUGGGACUGCUCCCCAGAGUCUGGGAGGCUUGAAUCCCGGGAUUAAUCCUCAAUCGUCAUUAAGCCAUGGUACGAGCUACAAUGGGUAUGGUGGGAUAUAUCCACAAGCCACUCCUUUGCAACAAGUUGCGUUGGCCCUUAGGCAAUCCACUUCUCCUGUCACUUCUACUGUUUCUUCUACCCAAAAAGAUGGAAAUAUAACUGCAAACGCCUACUCUGAGAAGGAAAGACGUCCCCCCCAAAAACGGAAGUUUCAGGAACUGCCUGUUGCUGCAGAAGGGCCUGUGAAAACACAUCAGACUAACCCAAGGAUGGUGUCAUCUAUGCCAGCUCCGGUGAAGCUGGUUCAGCCAUCGUCCAAUGGAAUGAUGCCGCCCCCUCCACGGAACAUGCCCCCACCGCCUCCAAAAUUCAAUUCACCGACCACUGUCACAAAGGUGCUCGAGGGAAAUAACGCAAACAAAUCAGAAACCAAACCAGUACCUGAAACUUUAAUCAGUCUUAUGGCGUAUGGAGACGAAGAUGAUGACAUCGAGGAGCCCACUGAAGAACCCGUUACAAACGAUUCAAAACCAUCAACUGCUUCUAAACCUUUCUGGGCCGUGUGAAUCUAAGACGUUGGCUUGUAUGUAACUGGUAAUAACCAAACGAAUUACUUAUGCACAUAUACGGAAAAAUCUUUCUAUUGGAGGCAUUAAAAAAACGGAACUUCAUUGGAGCUGAACGCCAAGAUUUAUGACGGACUUGUUAUUGUCUCUUGUGUAUCGGGCUUCAAAACCGAGAGAUCAAGGUUUCGGUAAUCUUGUUUGUAUAUUUUGAAUCGAAUAACGGUAUUUGGAGGGGUGAGUAUGCAAACUGUAGGUCAAAUUAGGAAUGAACUCCAUAAAUCAAUUGCGUUUGAGAUUUGAGGCGAUAUGAUUUUAAUUGAAGUUAUUUUAAAAGUUUUAGGGGCUAUUUACCAAACGCUUACCCACUUAUCAAGUUACAUUACCUUACCGAAUCAAUACGGCAAGGAUCAAAAAUCUUAUCCGGUAAGGACAAAGGCAAGGACUGAGAGUAUUACGUGGUAAGUGAUGAUGACGACUCUUAUCACGGUUGGCAUUUACUGGGUAAAUUGUUGCAUACGAUACCGUUUUGAUGGACUAAAAUCUUACUCGGUAAGUAAUUGAUGGUGUUGAAUUUUGCCCGUAAGCACUU